AACGCGUCAACAAAUAGAUACGAAGAGUCUCCGAGGAGUUUUUUUCUGCGAUCUUCAUAUUUUUGUAUUUAUUUUGACUCCUUUGGAUAGCUCGAUUGCCUAAUCGAUCUGUCCUUUGAUCUCCUCUAUCUAUUCGAACGAAUCUGAGUGUAGGAAGUCUGAGAAAUGGCAAGUGGAUUUGGGGAAUCUGCGCGCCAUUCGCCCCAGAAUCCAUCUUGCUCUAGCAACAAUGGCAAUGGUGAUGCUGGUAAUUUUGAGUGCAAUAUAUGCUUUGACUUAUCGCAAGACCCCAUUGUCACUUUAUGUGGUCAUCUCUUCUGCUGGCCUUGUCUUUACAAAUGGCUUCAUAUUCAUUCCCGUUCUCAAGAAUGCCCUGUUUGCAAGGCCCUUGUCGAGGAAGAAAAAUUGGUCCCUUUGUAUGGAAGGGGAAAGUCAUCUACUGAUCCUAGGUCGAAAUCUAUCCCAGGUGUUAAUAUUCCGAAUCGUCCAGCUGGACAGAGACCUGAAACAGCUCCUCCACCAGAUCCAAAUCAGUUUCCCCAAAAUGGGUUUGGGUUCAUGGGAGGUUUUGGAGGCUUUGCACCGAUGGCUAGGUUUGGGAAUUUCACACUAUCUGCUGCUUUUGGUGGUCUUCUCCCAUCACUGUUUAACCUUCAGGUCCAUGGAUUUCCUGAUGCGGCCAUGUUUGGUCCGGCUGCUGGGUUUCCAUAUGGGUUUCAACAUUCAUAUCAUGGUGGCCAUGCUCAUGGAUAUCACCACCACCACCACCACCACCAUCAUCAUCGUACUGCACAAGGGCAGCAGGAUCAAUAUCUGAAGAUGCUGUUUCUGUUUAUCAUAAUUUGUGUUAUCUUUGCAAUGAUUUAUCAAUAGAUUAAAUCUGCUAUCAAAGCAUGAACUGCUAACUUAUUUUAGAAUUGUCAGUCCAAUAUCUUGUGUAAAUCUAAUAAAUGUAUUUUCAUUUUUGUUUUC